AAAAACUAUUUAAUACAUUUUAGAAUAAGGCUGUAACCUAACAAAAUGUGGAAAAAGUCAAGGGGUCUGAAUACUUACCGAAAGCACUGUAUCUCUGUGUGAAAAGUCCUAACAAUGUGUGCUAUUGAGCUUCUUUAUCCCAUCUCAUUUCCAUUUAUCAGUUCAGUUCAAUCGGUGUUAUAUAUAGAAUAUAAAGCUCAGAAAACAAUGUUCACUUCCUGCCUCCAAGUGUUAUUGGGGCCAGUCAAAAGUGCCAAGCCACAAUGUUCUCUAGUCAGCUAGAUAGCAGGAGUGUGUCCGGUCAACUCGGAACCUCCCCAUGUUACAAUUAACAAUAGCCCCUGUCUCUGGCUUGCAAUUAGUUUGCCAGAGCGGAAAUGUGAAAAUAAUUUGGUGUCCUCGUCUUGGAACAGUGUGCGCUGUGACUAUAUUUAGAGUUCCCAGCAGGGACACUUGGCCCAUGAGCUGCACGCACACACAGGCAGGCAGACAGGCAGACAGACCAGACCAGACCAGACCAGACCAGACAGGCAGGCAGGAAGACAGGCAGGCAGGAAGACAGGCAGACAGAAAGACAGGCAGACAGACAGAAAGACAGGCAGACAGAAAGACAGGCAGACAGACAGGCAGACAUACAGACAGACAGACCCUUUUGUUUCUUUGUUAUUUUUCAUUUUAAAAAACGCACCAAAGAUUCUUAUGCUUUUUUAGCAGUCCCCUACUGUAGAGAUGAUCUGUCACUCAUCCCACUUCCAUGCUCCUCAUCAAUAACCACUAGCCAAGUGAUUUACCCUCAUGUGAGAUACUAGCCCUAACUGACCAAUCUCCCUUUCAGUAUCCCCAAAUGAGCCCAACACACUUUGGAAAACCAACCAAUCAAUGUAGUUUUGUCAUUGUCUGCACCAUAACAGAACAUGCUAACAGAACAUGGUUGACUGUACAGUAUUCUGCAACAUGAUUUUCUCUCAACAGUCACAUUCCCGAGGCUGAGGAUGGUAGUUUUGUCAUUGUCUGCACCUUAACAGAACAUGGUUGACUGUACAGCAUUCUGCAACAUGAUUUUCUCUCAACAUUCACAUUCCCGAGGCUGAGGAUGGUAGUUUUGUCAUUGUCUGCACCUUAACAGAACAUGGUUGACUGUACAGUAUUCUGCAACAUGAUUUUCUCUCAACAGUCACAUUCCCGAGGCUGAGGAUGGUAGUUUUGCGGAGGACGACUGCCACAGCACACAGUCAUUAUCUGAGAAGGCUGGAUUUAAUGACCCCAACUGGCUGGAAAACCUCCAAAGUAAUAACCCCACGGCUCCUGUCAUCCUGGACUUCAUGACCAUGUUGGCCAUCUGUCACACAGCUGUCCCCGAGCGCACCGGAGAUAAGAUCGUCUACCAGGCUGCCUCGCCAGACGAGGGGGCUCUGGUGAGAGCAGCGGCGAACCUGGGCUUUGUGUUCUCUGGUAGAACCCCAGACUGUGUCAUCAUAAAAGCGGACACGGUGGUCUACGACCGUCUGGCCGACAGUUCCAGGUAUAAAGAGAUCACUCUUAAACACCUGGAGCAGUUUGCCACCGAGGGGCUGCGUACUCUAUGCUUUGCUGUGGCUGAGAUCAGCGAGUCAUCCUAUCAGCAGUGGCUGGAGGUGUUCCACGGUGCCGCCAGCGCCCUGCAGAACCGAACUCUCAAACUGGAGGAGAGCUAUGAGCUUAUCGAGAAGAACUUGCAUCUUCUCGGGGCCACGGCCAUCGAGGACAAGCUUCAGGACAAGGUGCCUGAGACUAUUGAGACCCUGAUGAAGGCCGACAUCAAGAUCUGGAUCUUGACUGGGGACAAGCAGGAGACGGCCAUCAACAUUGGAUACUCCUGCAAACUUCUGACCAAGAACAUGGGCAUGCUGGUGAUGAACGAAGACACACUUGACGCAACCAGGGAGACCCUCAGCCACCACUGUGGAAUGCUGGGAGAUGCCCUUCACAAGGAGAACGAUUUUGCCCUCAUCAUCGACGGAAAGACUCUCAAAUACGCCCUUACGUUUGGAGCACGGCAGUACUUCCUAGACCUUGCCUUGUCCUGUAAAGCAGUGAUAUACUGCAGGGUGUCCCCGCUGCAGAAGUCGGAGGUAGUGGAGAUGGUAAAGAAGCAGGUGAAGGUGAUCACACUGGCCAUUGGUGACGGCGCCAACGACGUGGGCAUGAUCCAGACGGCUCACGUGGGCGUGGGCAUCUCGGGCAACGAGGGCCUGCAGGCCGCCAACUCCUCCGACUACUCCAUCGCACAGGUGUAUGUAAGCUUCCGACUUGUGGAGGUCUACAUUUUUUUUCUGAGGUCUUGGCUGAUUUCUUUUUAUUUUCCCAUGAUGACAAGCAAAGAGGCACUGAGUUUGAAGUUCAAAUACUUGAAGAAUCUAUUGCUGGUUCACGGUGCCUGGAAUUACAACCGCGUCGCCAAGUGUAUCCUGUACUGCUUCUACAAGAACAUUGUCCUGUACAUCAUCGAGAUCUGGUUUGCCUUUGUCAACGGAUUCUCUGGUCAGAUUCUGUUUGAACGCUGGUGCAUCGGCCUGUACAAUGUGAUUUUCACCGCUCUGCCUCCUCUCACUCUGGGAAUAUUUGAACGCUCAUGCAGGAAAGAGAACAUGUUGAAGUACCCGGAACUCUACAAAACCUCCCAGAACGCCAUGGGUUUCAACACCAAGGUCUUCUGGGCCCAUUGUCUGAACGGCCUCUUCCACUCUGUCAUCCUUUUCUGGGUCCCCCUCCUAGCCUUCCAGCAUGAUACAGUCUUCGGAAACGGAAAGACCCCGGACUAUCUCCUCUUAGGCAACAUGGUUUAUACAUUUGUGGUCAUCACUGUGUGCCUCAAAGCUGGCCUGGAGACCUCGUCUUGGACUAUGUUCAGUCACAUUGCCAUCUGGGGCAGCAUCAGCCUGUGGGUGGUGUUCUUCAGUAUCUACUCCUCUCUGUGGCCACUCAUCUCUCUGGCUCCGGACAUGUCUGGCGAGGCGGACAUGAUGUUCAGUUCGGGAGUCUUCUGGAUGGGCCUGGUCUUUAUCCCUGUCACCUCCCUGGUCUUUGACAUGGCCUACAAAGUUCUGAAGAGGGUGUUCUUUAAGACCCUGGUGGAUGAGGUAAAGGAGCUGGAAGCCUUGUCCAAGGACCCCGGAGCCGUGGUGCACGGGACGAGUGUGUCUCUUUGCAGUCUGACGGAGAGGGCACAGCUCCUGAAGAACGUCUUCAAGAAGAGCACCACGGAUACGCCUUCUCUCAAGACGAGAACAGAGUGGUCUCCCAGUCUGAGGUCAUCCGGGCGUACGACACCACCAAAUAGCGGACCAACGAAUUGGGAAACCACGCCGCUCUCGGCCAGGACAGCCUAUCACGAUUCACAGUCGUUUUCCGACAGCGAUUUGAAUCUGAAGGGGGCAGCCUCUGGAUAACUCUAGCCCGAGCCUCUCGGGAAUUUGGACAUGACAGAGGGAUGUCUUGUACAUCAAAAAUGGAAAAUAACUAGAAACAAAAAAGCAUUCAAAAAGUAUUCACUGUGCUGUAGUUGUGUGUCCAGCAGACAUAAGCACUGUGCUUGCAAUUUUAACAGUCUGUGGUUUGAAAUUCCUUACUGUUCCUGCUCAGUUAAAUGUGUUGAAGUAUAACCAACUUAAUGUCUCCUCCUUUCAUAUUAAUAGAGAAAAUAUGAGCAUUUUUUUAUUUUUUUUAUUUUUUUAUUUCACCUUUAUUUAACCAGGUAGGCUAGUUGAGAACAAGUUCUCAUUUGCAACUGCGACCUGGCCAAGAUAAGGCAU